AUGCCAUUCAUCCGUGGACACUGUGCCGCUUCUGCGGGCUCACGGUUGGUCAGGCAUGCGGCAGCUCCCACUCGUCCAUCCACAAAAUCUCCCAAGUUGCCAUGUGCCGCUGUUAGCUUUACACGGUAUGCAAGUGUAGAAUCGGGCAGUAAAAACAAAAGAGAGCGCGUUGUCGUCCUGGGAUCCGGAUGGGCCGGAUACGGAUUUGCACGCACUUUGGACCCAAAGAAGUAUGAGCGUGUCAUGAUAUCGCCUCGUUCAUACUUUGUGUUCACUCCAUUGCUGGCAGGAACCUCCGUCGGCACGUUGGAGUUCCGAGCUACGACUGAGCCUGUCAGGAGACUUAAAUUAGAUCACUUCCACCAAGGUUGGGCAGAUGACAUCGAUUUUUCCAAAAAGAUCAUCCGUGUUGAAGCAAACACGUCGGAUGAUCUGGCAUCACGGACCCAUUCAGGACCAACAAAGCCUUCCGAGCUGCAGUCCACAAAAAACGAAGUAUUUGAAGUUCCGUACGACAAGUUGGUGAUUGCGGUGGGCUCGUACAGUCAGACUUUCGGGAUCGAAGGUGUGAAAGAACAUGCGAACUUCCUCCGAGAUGUUGGCGACGCCAGGAAAAUUCGAAUGAGAGUGCUGCAAUGCUUUGAGAAGGCUGCACUGCCCACAACAACAGACGACGAAAGAAAGAAGCUACUGCAUUUUGCGGUCGUUGGUGGCGGCCCCACGGGCAUCGAAUUUGCGGCAGAACUACACGACUUGAUCCAGGACGAUUUGAAGAAGCUUUACGUCAAUCUCGACAAGUUUGUUGCAAUCACCGUGUAUGAUGUUGCGCCAAAGGUUCUCCCCAUGUUCGACCAGACGUUGGCCACUUAUGCCAUGGAUCUGUUCCGGCGGGAGGGUAUCUCAGUGAAAACCGAACAUCAUCUGACUCGCAUCCGACCUGAUGAGGAAACCGAAGGAUGUUUAAAAUUAAAGAUCAAGGAGUACGGUGAGGAAGAGGUCAACGCUGGCAUCGUUGUGUGGAGCACUGGCCUUAUGCAGAAUCCUCUUGUGCAAAAGCUGGAAGAGAGUGUCUUUACACCAGGAUCAGCGGUCUCUGGGGAUGCGAGUUCCGGCACGAAAUUCAAACUCCAAAAGGACCCGAAAACCGGCGGUCUUCUUACUGAUACACAUCUCCAUAUUGGCGUCGUGCCUACAGAAUCGAACCAGGAGCAAGAAAGCACUGCUAGUGUCUUGCCUGAUGUUUACGCGAUCGGUGAUUGUGCGAUCAUCGAGGGGCAGGUUUUGCCGGCUACUGCUCAAGUCGCCAGUCAAAAGGCUACUUACCUCGCCAAGCGCUUCAACAAGGGCGACGCCGACGUUAAGGAGUUCAAGUUUCGCAACUGGGGAACGAUGACUUAUUUGGGCAAUUGGAAAGCAAUUCAUCAAAGCAGUACUGAUGACCUGAAGGGUUGGGCAGCCUGGGUCCUGUGGAGAACGGCCUACUUAACGAAGAGCAUGUCUGUUCGCAACAAGAUAAUGGUACCCAUCUACUGGUGUAUCUCGUGGAUCUUCGGUCGCGAUAUCUCGAGAUUCUAG